AUGGACGGGACUUUGCAUAAUAAGGUACGAACAUUGAAAGAAUAGACCUUUUAUGCAAAUUCAUGUUACUCAGAGUGCAGUUUAAACGUGGGACCUGGGCACUGUACUUUGAACAUUUCAUAUACUUUUUCCUAUCACGCAUGUAUCCGCUAUGUACACUCUGUUUUCUGUCAAAAAUCUACAGUCGCAGAGAAAAAUCACGACGAUUAACCUUUUAAGAAUAUAAUUUAAAAGAAGAAAAAGAAAAAAACGGAAAACUCGUGAUUAAUAGAUCUUUCGAUAUAUGUAUUGUGUGUCUUUCGAUGUUGCGUGUAUUCUGUGCAACUUUGUACUUUAACCCACUUUUUCAUUUUUCUCGCUCGGUCUCUUCAGACGUCUUUCCUUUUUUUGCUCCAUUUACAAGAAGCGUGGAAUAAAAUUAUGUUGGAUAUUGAAUCUAAUAUAAUAUCUAUCGAAAUAUAAUAUCCACUUUGAUGAAAGUAAAAUUUGCAUUUUUUUCCAAUGAAAUUUAAAAAAUGGGACCUUGUAACAUAAAAAGCAUAAUGCUUCGAAUAUUUUAUAUAUACAUAUAUUUUUUUCAUAUCAUUUUUGUAUUCUGUUUUAUACCAUAUAUAAAAUUUUCUAUAAAUGCGUCAAAAAUUACAAUCUUGUCACAAAAUUACGACCAACGUUCAAUCACCGAGUAGCAUUUUUAACAGCCGACAUGUCACACAUUUUGUUACGUAUUUAAUGUGAGAUUGAAGGGAACUUAUUUGUUCUUCGAACUUCUGUCGAAUAACGAAACGCUAACUUCAAGCGAAUGCCGAAAAAUUGAGAACUUUUGUAAUUUUUGUUUCAGAACGACAGUAACCACGAUGACGAGAGUGAAGUGUUCUUUUGGGAUCCACCGUCCGCGAAGAACCGAAGUUCGAAAAGUCAGAACCACAUGCGACAAUUGCAGGAACAGUUGGCACAAGCCACCGUGAGGAUACGAGAUUUAGAAGUGGAACUUAAACGCAUUCAAAAGGUUAAUACUUCCUCCUUGAAAGAUGAAUUCACCGAUGGUCAUCAAAAAGCAGAAUUCCUGAGAGCGAAGCAAGAUAUGGUGAACCGUAUAAUACAAAUGGAAGAAAAGAGCCGGGAAGCCGAGAGGAACACGAAACGCGUGCAAUCGGACGAAACAGCGAUGAUCAAUGAUUUCCGUACGGUGCUGUCCAAAUUGAACUCCCUCGAGAAGCUGGAUUUAGUUCGUGGCGCGCUAAAAGCGCUGGAAACCGAGAACGAGAAGUAUAGCGAGGCUAAUAAGCAAGAAAAGUCCGACUUCGAUGAAAAGUUUAAGAGGCCCGCCAGCCACGAGCCUGUCGCGUUGAAGCCUAAUUUCGACGUGAGUUCGGAGAAUCACAUACGACACGAUGGAUUUAUCGAGACCUCGAGCAAUAGGGAGUCAGAAUUGCACAAGAAGAUUGAGGAGUUGCAAGAAGAGAAUAAGAGAUUGUUUGCCAAUAUCGAAGAACUGGAUCAACAGCAUGAAGAAUCGAUAGAGAAGCUAUUAUCUCUGAAGGAGGAGAUCGAAAGGAAACACCAGUGCCUUCAAAAUGCCUACGAGCAGCUUUACGUGGACUACAAUCAAGCUCAAGACAAAGUGAUCCAACUGGAGGGUAAACUCCGAGAGUGCGGCAUGCCGACGCGAAUAGAAACUGUCGAUCGUUCCGUGCACACCGACAGUGUCGAAUGCGUGGACGAGUAUAUCCAGGACGAGAGAAGCGACGAACUAACCAGGAAGGUGAAGUACAUUCUGGAACGGUUCUCCGUGGAGAUGGAGCCGGAUGAGUCGAUUUUCGAAACUCUGACGCAGCAGUACAUCGACGUGAAAUGGACGAAAGACAUGAUGGAAUGGGAGAUCGAGUCGUUGCAAGAAAAGGUGAAAUGCCUCGAGGUGGAGAAUUCCGCGUUGCGCAAGAAAAACUGGUUGAGAAAGAAAAAUGCGAUGAUACGGGGCCCAAACGAAACGCGAUCAAAGAGUCAAGACCAGUCGAAAUUGGAAAACAUCCCGGAAGAUAUCGAGGACACGUUCAACACGAUGGAGAACCUGAAUCGAAGAUUGCACAUGGCGUUGGACGAGAACGAUGAGUUACGGAAGAAGAUCGAUUUGUUGGAGAACGCGAAGAAGGAUGUACAGGAACAGUUGAGGAUGUCAUUGGAGAAAUGCAAGGGUCUGGACGAGAACAUCGAGUUCGCCGAGGAGCUGAAACUCGAUCUCGAGAAUGUGAGACGGGAGUUAAAAACGUCUAUUUCUAACGUGAAACAAUUAGAGAACAGUUUGACGCUGUUGCGAGAUUCGAAGGACGAAAUUCAACGGGAGAACGAAGAACUGUCUGGGAGGAACGAACAGUUGGAGAUAGAGUUGUCGCAGUGGCGUGAAAGUAAUUCAGAGACGGGGAAUAACGACACGUUGAAAGAUCUGCAGAUGCAAUUAACGGAGACCAACCGCGAGAAAGAUGACUUGGAGUACGAUAUAUUAAACAUGAGGAAGGAAUUGGACGAGGCGUUGAAUCAAAUAGAGAUGAAAGAAAGCGUGAUAGCAAAGCUGAAUCAAGAGAACGAAAAUCUAACGAAAGAGAAGGAUUCGUUGUUGGAACAGUUAACUGCCAUACAAGACGAUUCCAAUGAUAAAAUAGACCUAGUAACUACAGAAAAGUCUUUGCUGGAACAGGAACAGACUGAGCUGAAGGAAAAAAUAACGAAUAAUGAAGAAAUAUUGAACGAAACUAGAGAAUCAUUGCGAGAGAUGGAAGAAAGGUAUGCAAAAUUGGAGAACGAAUUUUUGUCGAUGAAUAAGAUGGCUGAGAAGCUUCAAUUGGAGAACGAAAAUUUGCAAAAUGAAAUUAAAAAACACGAAGAAUUAAAGAUUAAUGAAUCGAAGCUCAACGAGUUAACUGGAAAAUUAAGUUCCGUGCAAAGCGAUUAUGCUCAAAUGGAGAAUGAAAUGGAAAUGCUACGUUUAAGGGAAAGGGAAUUUAUAAAGUUGCAAGAGAGUUUCGCCACCGUGACUGAAGAAAAUAAAACCCUGAAAAUCCAAUACGAAGAAACCAAGGACAACUGUGUAAAAUUGGAGCAAAUGGUAGCGUGUUUACAAGCGGAGAAAAGAGAUUUGUCAAAUCGUGUAAAUGAAAGCAAAAAUGUCUGUGAUAACGAGAAGCAACAACUCGUAUCUCUUUUAGAGGAGAAGACACGAGAGAACGACAUCCUGAAAAAUGAUAAUGGUAAACUAAUGGCAGAGAUGUUCGAUUCGCAAAAGAAAUUACAAGAGUUGAUGGUCAAUAACGCUGAAUCAGCUGAUAUGAGCAAAGAAACGAUAGAAAGUCUAUCUCAUCUUAUCAGAGAAAAAGACGAGGAAAUUAGUAGUCUGAAAAAUACACUCCAUCUUAUCGAGACCGAUAAGGAGAUGUCAGAUCAUUUUGCAUAUAUAAAGAACGAAAGGGAUGAACUCGUGAAACUUGUAACGAGCAAGCACAAUGAAAACGUGCAAUAUCACGGCGAAAUUCAAAGGUUGUCGUACCUCUUGAAUGAGCAAACAUUGCAGGUUCAAAAUUUGCUAACAGAGAAAAGUCGUGAUCUAUCCGAAUUGAAGGAGAAAGAUACUCAACUUCUGUCAAUAAAGAACGAGUUAGAGGCAAUGCAGCAACAUUUGAGAAAUGUCGAAGAAUCAAACAGCAAGGAAACUUGCAGUGUCGUCGAGCAUUCAACUCUCGCGGCAGAAAUUGCGACUGUCACUGAAAAAUGUGACGCGUUAAAAAGAGCACUAAUUCAAGAACAGUCGAACAGUACACUGUUGCAGGAUCAACUUAAUAAAAGUCAAAGUAAAGAAACUUUGACAUGUAGCAUCGCGGAACACUCAACGUUAACAGAGAAUAUUGUGAUCCUCAUGGAGAAGUGUAACGCGUUCAAGGCAGCGUUAAUUCAGGAGCAAUCGAAUAAUAGAAUAUUACAGCAUCAACUUAAUGAAAGCCAGAGUAAAGAAACUGUGACAUGUGGUAUCGGCGAACACUCAACGCUAGCAGCGGAAAUUGCGAUCGUCAGUGAAAAGUGUAACGCGUUAGAGGCAGCAUUAAUUCAGGAGCAGUCGAACAACAGAAUGUUGCAGAAUCAACUUAAUGAAAGCCAAAGCAAGGAAGCGAAUGCCGCGAAGGAGUUAGAAAGAUUACGAACACAUUUGGUCGAAAUGGAAUCGAGCUACACGGAAGAUGCAUUACUUGCGGAGGAAGCGCGAAAAGAAUUAGAAGCGAAACUACAGCAGGCUGAAGAAAAAGUAAAGAGCAGUUCAAACGCGUACACAUCCGCAAGUAUAAGAGCGAAUCAACAAGUGGAAACGUUGCAGCAACAAAUAGCAUUGAUUAUUCAACAGAGGGACGAUAUACAGAACAAGUUAUCUACCGCUGAAGAUAAAAUCUUGUCACAGACUGCAUCCUUAACUAACUUGCAGAUUGUCUUGGAACAAUUCCAACGAGAUAAGGAAAAAGAUAUCCUAGCGGCGACUGAGAGAAUUCAAUUUAAAUUAAACGAAUCCCAUAAAAAACAAGAGGAGUUGGCCAAUGAUGUAGCAAUUCUUAAGGAACAAUUAGCUGAAGCUAAAGAAUGCUUACAAGCAGCCUCCAGAUUAAGCGAACAACUCGAUAAAAAAACAGAACGUAUCGAACAGCUGAGCGAAGAAGAACUCUCGUUAAAAAUCUUUUAUUGGGUUACCUGUCUUCGUCGGCAGCAGAUAAAUCUUCAGUCCUUAGAGUGUUCUCCACGGUUUUGGAUUUCAACGAAAUGGAGAAGGAUAAAGCGGGAUUGAACAACGUAGUCGGGCAAAAUAGUUGGUUUUCUCGUUUAAGCGGCGGAUCUAUCGUUCCUAACAAGCCGUUGCCACGACCUGGACACAGUAGACAACACUCUACGUCGUCGACACAAUCUACUUCGUUACUUUCCAAUGUAAAUUUACCAACAUUUCCAGACUUUAUUCCAGCCAGAAAUACAGGAUCUAUUUUAAAAGAAGUACUGAAGGACAGCUGAUAUUAAUUCCUAUAUAUUUUUCUUUGUAAAUUGUAAGACUGUAGUGGAAAGCAAUGUUUAAGGGAAAUAUGUUUGUUGAAUUUCAAUUAAUAAGAGUAAAGUGAGUAAUGAUUAUGAAAUUAAUUUUACCGUGCUUUUAUAAGAGAAAAAAACGAUAUUUAUAAUAAAUUUUGUCAAUGAAUUGUUAAUUGUAAUAACGUAUUGCUUCCCUAACGUCGAUUUUUCAACAUAAAGGAAAUAACCUAAAUAUUUGUAAAAAGUUUUACUUGAUAAAAUCUAAUAAAAAUAAGUAAUAAAAAAUAAUAAAUAGUAAUAAAACGUAAUAUUUUAUGGUGCUUACGAGAGAAAUGUUUAACGUCAAUCCGAAGAUUCAAUUUUCAAUUGACAAUAAUUAAGUAAUGUAAAUUGAUAAAAAAAAUAUGUUACAAUAAUUAGUACAGAGUGAAAAUUUCGUCAAUUUAAAAUAAUCCGUAAUCAUAUUGUUUUGUCAAAAAUACAUUAAGAUAAAAAAUAUUUUAUCUCAAAUUGUACAACGAAUGAAAUAAUAAAUAGGAUACAUUUAUAUUGAAUUUGUCCAUAUAUAUUUUGCAUUUGUAAAAAUAAUAUGAAGUAUGAUAUUGAUGUGAUUCAUUCGUUUACUUAUGCCAAUAAUAAUAUUAAAUUUCAUACAAUCUAAUUUAUAACUUGAUGGACAGAAUAAUAAUUUAUAACUUGAUGAACAUUAAUUACAAGUUUUGUUUAUAUCUUUACAAUCUUAAAC